AAUUUGGCGGACUAGAACCGUGCGGGAUAUUCCAAUGGCUGGUUCUCUAUAGGAGGUAUAAGGGUUGCGUUCACUUUGCUAUAACAAAUCUACCUUUACGUAUUUUUACUUCCCCCCCCCCCUCCAUUUUCCUAGUUAUACUUCCCCGCCGAUCAUUCAACUAUUCCCCGCAAUAAUGAAGCCAGACUGGUGGCCUGGAGAGGAGCAUGAGUCCUUCACAGAGUGGGCUAUCUCUCAGGGAAUCAUCGCAAAUGGAGUCGGGCCCGCGCGGUUCGGCGGCCGUGGCUUGGGAAUGAUAGCCAAACGAAAUAUAGAGGAAGAUGAAGCCAUAGUAACAGUACCAUUGAAGGCAAUGCUAACCUCUGAGCGUAUCCCGUCAUCUUUCACCAGCAAGUUCCCAGUCGGGGUGCCCACUCAUGCGCUAUUCGCUGCAUUUCUCACGAAUGGCAACGAAGAAGACCUCAAAGAAUUUGAGAUGUGGAGAAAGACUUGGCCUAGUCGGCAAGACUUUGAAGUUAGCAUGCCGAUUUUAUGGUCAGAGUCCCUGCGAAACUACUUGCCACCGUCCAUUUCAGGUCUUUGGAGUAGUAUACAGAGCCGGCAGGGCAAGCUUCAGUACGAGACAUCUCAUCAGAACCUCCUUUCCCAGCAGGAACAAAGGCUGCGUGCGGCGUGGAAUAUUGUUGUUUCUGUUUUCCCAGGUACCAACCGGGAGACGUUCACAUAUCAUUGGCUUAUCGUCAAUACAAGAAGCUUCUUCUACUUGCUGCCUGGACAGGAACCACCGGAAGAUCGAAAUGAUGCUAUGGCAUUACUGCCCUUUGCUGACUACUUUAAUCAUUCCGAUGUUGCGUGCAAUGUAAAAUUCGAUGGUGAGAAAUAUGUUUUCCGAGCCAUCAAACACUAUGACGAAGGAGAAGAGAUAUAUAUGAGCUACGGACCUCAUCCUAAUGAUUUCUUAUUUGCUGAAUACGGCUUUUAUCUCGACGAGAAUGAGUCAGAAACUCUAUACCUCGACGAUAUAAUAUUCAAAGACCUUAGCCUAUCGCUUCAAGAGGAACUAGAUUUUCAACAGUAUUACGGUAAUUACCAGUUAACGGCCACUGGCGUGUGCUAUCGCACUGAAAUUGCCGCAUGCAUGAAAUAUAUGCCAUUGGAAGACUGGCGAAACUAUGUCCUCGGUUACUCCACCAAAGGUGUUGAUGAGAAGAAAUCGGAGGGUAUCAUCCAACAGUGGAUUAGAGCGUAUCUGGGUGAAGUGGACAAGACAUUCACUGCUCUGGAGAAAACUGGAUCUGGCCAAGCGGAGUUGAAAGAUCAGCAAAAGAUAAAGAUGCUGAUGAAGCGAUGGACCCAAAUCAGGGACCUAUGUGCCAAGGCUUCGGAAGCUGUUUCCUGUUAGAUCCAUAUAUUCAAUAAAGUGGAUUUGCUUGCGCAUGGUGUCA